GAGUUUAAGAAGCUGAAAGAAAGGAUGGUCACAGAGUAGUGGAAGGAAACCUCAGACCACUGAGCUUUUAAAGAGAUAAUAUUCUAGUUAUAACGCGAUUUCAUGAGUUUUUAAUCCACCAACGAGUACUUUUGUACGAUCCAAGCGAACUCGCGAGUGCUAAAGUUGUAGUCUCACGGUUUUCUGGGCUUUUACUUUGACGCGCUUCUCAUAAACCGUCUUAAAUGCAACGUUGUUUGAUAUUUGAAAAGACGAUGGCAGCCGAGACGAAGAACGGCGGGAGCUCCCUGAACAACAACAACUGCAAGGACCACAGCAGGAGGAAGCUGCUGGUUGGAGUGGACCUCUUCUGCCUGUUUUUAGCCGGCCUACCUUUCUUGGUCAUUGAGACCAGCGCUGUUCAGCCUUACCGUAGAGGGUUUUACUGCGAUGAUGAAUCCAUCAGAUACCCGGCCAAACACGGAGACACCAUUAGCGACGGCGUGCUUAGCGGCGCCGGCAUUCUAAUCACCAUCCUGUCUAUCAUAAUCGGAGAGAGUUACAGGAUCUACUUCCUCAACGAAGGAUCCAAGUCGUUUGUUGGAAACCCCUACAUUUCCGCCCUCUACAAGCAGGUGGGGGUGUUCAUCUUUGGCUGCGCCAUCAGCCAGUCGUUCACCGACAUCGCCAAGGUGUCCGUGGGCCGCAUGCGUCCUCACUUCCUGGAUGUGUGCAAACCCGACUUCUCCACUAUCAACUGCUCUCUGGGCUACAUCACAGAGUAUCAGUGUCAGGGGCCAGAGAGCCAAGUACAAGAGGCCAGGAAGUCGUUCUUCUCUGGACACGCAUCGUUCUCCAUGUACACCAUGCUGUACCUCGUGUUUUAUCUGCAGUCUCGGUUCACCUGGCACGGCGCUCGCCUGCUGCGCCCACUGACCCAGUUCACGCUCAUCAUGAUGUCCUUCUACACCGGCCUGUCUCGGGUCUCCGAUCACAAGCACCACCCCACCGAUGUGCUGGCUGGGUUUAUACAGGGAGCACUAGUGGCAUACUGCGUUGUUUUCUUCGUGUCGGAUUUGUUCAAGCCCAAAGGAAGACACUCCAAUCUGUCCGGAACGCCGGUGAAGAAAGAGCUGGUUCCUGCGGCCGACUUAAGAGAGCGCAGCAAUCCUCUCAUCAUGGCAUAGAGGAGGCUGCCAGCCUAAGCCCCCCCCUUUUUUCUUUUUAUUCAAUCACCGCCACUCAGACUUUACCGGACGAACACGGAAAGGGCGAAGGAAUCUUGACAGAGGAUGAGGAGCAUCUCCACAGAAACACUGAAGCAGGCAUGCUCUCUGAAUGCCCUCACCAGACUUUUUGAAUGUUGACAGGAGAUUCAUCCGUCCUUUUUAAAACAUUUUUAACGCGUCCAAAUAUCACUCCUGUUGACGAAGGCUGUCAGGGAAUUGUGAAAGUGAGAGAAGCCGCGAGAAGCGACUUAUUUCAGACUCACGCCGACAAAUCACGACGCAGCAAACAAAUUCCUCGCUUUCAGGAAGGAUGUUGUUUUAGUUUGGUCAUUUUCCAACGAGUUUUUGCAGCACGAUGUUAGUCCAUCUCAGUAUUGCAACACUUGAACAAUCUGUUGAAACUUUUUUUUUUAACACUAUUUGGUGUUCACUUCAAAGGUGGCACAUAGAAGUUCCAGAGAAAGGCGUGUGUUCUGGAAGUGGGCCUCGUUCUGCUGGGAAGGAUGAGCCCCCGCUGAGCCAUUUAAUGAAACAACUGUUACGUGAAGCAGGCGCGUGUGUGUGUGUGUGUGGUAUUUCAUGUGUGUUAUAAUGUCACGACUAUAUGUUAGAGUGUUUUAUUGCUCGCCAGCGUGCCCCUUUGAGAAGACGCACCUGCUUCUUCUGGAAACAAAAACCUCACACAAACUGUACUUUUCAUGAUCAAAUACUGGAAUAAUUUGA